AUCACGCGAACCGUUUACUUCUAAAUUCUGAUUCUUUGAGAAUGAUCGAAAUCCAUGACAAAUUUAAUUUGUCAUGUCGAAAUCCGAAUAUUGCUAUUCACGGUCACCUACUAUUAAUUAUUGCAGAAAUUGCAUAAAAUAUCACCACAAUUGCCUAUACACUAUAAUUUUUUAAUUUUUUUUUUAUGAUUUGCCAUAUUAUAUAACUAUAAAAAAUGGAACCAUUGAUGCCAUCCGAAAUCGCUCGUUUAGUAUACGGUUAUUUAAAGAACGAAAAAAAUGAAGAUACUGCUGAAUGUUUUUUAAAAUCCUCUCCUUGUUUAACUGAAUGUUAUCAGAUGUUUAAGACUAAAAGAAACUUUAAUAUAAAAGUGAAUGGGUUCAAUUUACAUGAUAUAUUUGACCUUUUUGGAACUAUGAGUAGCAUGAUUGAAGAACGAAUAUCUGAAACAUGUGAAUCGAAAACAUUAAUUGAAAAAUUACAGUAUUUGCUAGAUUUAAAUCAUACAACAACCAAAGAAGAUAAAUCUACUGAGAUCAAAUUAAAUAUGGUUGACAAAUGUGUUGGUAAUAGAGUUCACACUAAAGAUCAGGGUACACAUAUAUCAAUAAAUAUAGAAGCAAAUAAAAGUACAUGUACAUCAGAAGAAUUAUUAAAAGUCCCAUUGUUCCCUGAAAUAAUUUCUAAUAAUGUUUAUAAAACAGAAGAAGUUGACUCAUUUAAUAACGAGACCACUUUAAACAAUGAGAGAAAUUUAAGUACAUUUUCUUUAUCUAGUCCAUCUUCUGAGAUACAUCUAAUAGAUAAUAAUGUGAGGGCAACAUUUUUCAAAAUUGAAGACAAACAAUCUCCAAUAUUUCAAGUUAAUAAACAAAUGUGUAGUACUCCAGAAAAAAAAAAAGAUGAACCAAAAAUUAGUAUUGAAUCAAUACCACAAUUUAGUCCAAAAUAUAUUCAUAAUUUAAUUUCUGUUGAUCAGACAAAAUAUCAGAAAGUUCCAGAAGCAACAUCACUCGAUUCUAUGCCUGGAUUCUCUAAAGAAGAUAGGAUAAAGGAUGGAUCAAUUGUGAUUGAUACUGGUGAAUUAGUUGAUACAUUUUUGAAUGAUCAAAGUUUGUUGAAAAAAAUCGCUGAUACUAUAAAUACAUGUUUUAAAACUCAUAAAAAAACUUUUAAUAUAUUAGAAGGGAAUUUAGAUCCUCCUACUCUAGAAAAAGCAUUAAAUUCUACUCAGACUGAUCCACAAAUAAAAAAUAUACUAGAUGAGUUUUUAGUUUUUAAUGUUGACAAUGCUGAAAUUGGUAAAAAAGCAUAUACUAAUGAUCAUCUAGGCUCAAUUAAAUCACGUUUACGUAGUGCCAAGAAAAAAGACGAUGUGCUUCACAAAUUUAAAAAGAAUAGUUUUAAUAACCAAAAUCAUAUUGUUUAUGGUAAUGAAGAAUGUAUACAAGUUGAUAAUAAUAUUGUAUUGAUACAUGAAGGAAAUAUCAAAACAACAGCUUUUGAAAGUUAUGAUUUAUUAUCAAAUCAAUUAGUUCUACUAUCAACUGAUUCAUAUAACUUUGACUCUACUAAAAUAGAACCAGAAGAAAAUUGUUUAUCUAAAGCAAACUAUGUGAAAAUUGCUCCAAAAAUAACUCCUCUGUUGAAAAUUCAGCAAGUUCCUGAAAAACAGGUAUUUCCAAAACGAAGAAAACAUGGCAUAAUGAGUAAAUUUGGGAAAAGAAAUAUAAUUUCUAGACAGCUGCCUAUUCAGACUCCUAAAUCAAUUAUUAUUGAAGUUCCUAGUCAACGUUCAUUUGAAACUCAAGAAAAAAUUAAUAUUGAGAAAAAUGAUAUUAUUAAAUUACCUGAAGUUUCAUCUAAAGUUAAUGAUACGAUUUGUUAUAAUACUCCAGUUGAUAGACUACAACCUCCAAAAAAUAAAAGUAUGAGUACACCUCGUAGGAGAAGAACUCAUGUAAGGUGUUUAGAUUUUACCACUCCACAGCCUAAGAAUAUGACUCAAAAUCAAGCUCAUUCAAGGCUUCUUUAUAAUACCCACAAAAAAUUUGAAAAAUGUUUGGAAGAACCUUCGUCUAGUCCUAUACCAGUACUGCAAGCUGAUUGGGGAUCAGUUAAUGGAUUUGAAUCAAUUAUUAAAAAAGAAAAUAUUAAACACUGGGAUACAGAUAUUCGAGAAAUGGUGGGUGCUGGGAUUUUAACAUCAGAUGCUGAUGGAAGAAAAAGAACAAAAAAGAAAACACCAAUAAAAAAUAUUAAACGUGUUAUUGAUCAAAAUAAUUCUAUAGUUCUGACUGAAGAACAAAAGAAAUCAAGCAAUAAUUUAAUUAUUGCAAAUGAAUUUGACACUGAUAUAUCAAGUAUUUCUGAAAGUACAUAUGAUGAUUUAAAUAAGCCAUUAAAGGAACAGAUAAAAUUCCCUAUUUCAUUGGAAAAUUCUGGUAAAAUAAUUGAAUUGUUUAAUGAACAAACUCCAAUUGUUUCUGAUACAUCAAUUAAUGUCAACAAUAAAAAAUUGUUAAAAAACCAAAGUGAACUUAUGACUCCCUUCAAAAAAAUUGACAAGAUAACUGAGCUUAAUAAUGGACAACUUUCUAUCAAAUCUGAUUCUUUAAAAAGUCAAUGUGGUAUAACUCAAAUCCAUUCGGAACAGUCUCAUGCUAAUAUUAAUGAACAAGAAAAUAAUCAAAAUCAAUUAAUUAAAUCUCCUAGCUUAGAAAUUGAACCAAAAAAAACAAAACAGGAAAAAGAUCCUAACUUUUUAAAAAUGUUUAAUAAUUAUAAUUAUUUAUUAACAAAAAAAAAGUUAAUUAAAUCAACCAAAUAUUUAAAAGAACAAGGUUUAUUAGAUAAAACUCAUACUAACAACUCCAAUGAAUUAAGUAGUCCUAUGAAACCUAUUAGUAUUGAACCAGUUAAUACUAAUCUAGUUGAAACCCCAUACAAACGUGAUGAUGGUGUUGUUGAUGUACCCAAAACUCCUAUUUCAAAAAUAAAAUGUCUUACACAAGUAAAUUCAUUAACAGAAACACCUUCGAUCGAGGUAUUCAAAAAAACAUCAUAUUUAAAUAAACAGCCAAUUUUACAAUUUCCUUCUACUUCAAGAAAUUUGGGGUCUGUUGACACUUUGAUUGUACUACCCGAACAGGAUUCUAUUAAAACCUCAAAAAAUACCAAUUGUGAAAUUGGUUUGAGAGAAUUUUUAAACCCCUCUAUUCAGAUUAAAACUACUAACAAUAAAUUAUCUAACAAAACAAAAAUAGAUAAAUUUGAAUGUACUCCUUUAAAAUCUAAAGUAAAAUGUUUAAGUAAAUCUAAAGUAAAAAGUCUAUUAAAAAGAAAAAAUAUUGAAGCAAAAAAAAAACAAUUUUAUGAGUCUGUUAAAGUUGAGUUGUUUGGAAGUGAAGUUUCAUCGAGUUCAAGUUCCUGUGAAUUAAUAAAUACUAAUGAACAAACUGAAACAAUAAUUAUUAAUAAAAAACCUCAAGAUAAAGAAAAAAUAUCUGGUUUUAAACAUAUACCCAAGAGAAAAAUAGUUAAUUCUAUGCCUGUUGUAAAUGUUACUAGUGUUGAAAAUCAUUUGUUAAAUGAGUUAAAUAAUCAACCUACCAAGAUUCCUUCUAUUAAACCAAUUAUAGUACAACAUGAGAAUAAUAAUGAUAAUACUUCAGAAAAAAUAAAGAAGGAAAAUUCAAAAAAUAUAAAAAAGUUCAUGGUACAUUUUGAUGACCCAAUAGAAAAAAUUUUUAGUUUAUCUAAAAGUCCAAGUAAAUCCACCAACAAAAAUACUAGUAAAAUACCAAAAAAAAAUACAAUUAAUGACAACUCUGAACAGUUGAUUGGUUUAAGUAGAUAUUUGAAUAAAACAUCAAGAACAUAUGGUUGUAGACUAAAAGGUAAAAAAGUCAAAACAAUUGAACCCAGGAUUAAGACAACUAAAACAGAUAAUAUUAAUUCAAAAAUGCAUAAUGUAAAUAGAUCUAGUGAGAAUAUUUCAACAAGUUAUUCUAGUAAUAAAAAAAAAUCUCAUGAUAUGAAAAAUCAAAGAAUUAAAUUAUCUGAAAGUUGUAUAACAGACUUAAAUGAAGUGUCUUAUGAGAUUGAAAAUAAUGCAGUUCAUAAUAAAAAUAUUGUACCAUUAGAUUUUGAGCAAACUAAAUGCCUAGAUGAUAACAUUUUUAAUCCAAAUUGUAUUACUAAUAAAAACAAUAACAUUGUUAAUAAUAUUUCCUGUGUUACUAUUAGACAUGAUGAUAAAUUAGAUACUCAGAUUAACAAAAUUUCUGAUCCAAUUGACUAUAUGGAAUAUUUAAAAAAGUCAAAGGUGUAUGAAGUAAUUACUGAAGAUGGUAAACAUGAGAUGGUGUAUUUACAUUUAUCAGAAAAAUUUAUUUUUCUUGAUAUACUCUCAGAAUUAGACAGUACACAGCUAUCCGAUCCAAUUACCUCAACGUUGAUAACAGUAAACAAAAAGCUAGGUGACAUUUCAGAAAUAGAAAGUGGUGAAUUGACAAAUGAUGAAGAAAUACUCAUACCUAUAACUAGUACCCCUAAAGAUGGUGUUAAGAUAAAAAAUGACAAAAAUAACAGAGCCAGAAGAAGCCCUUCUAUUUGGGAAGAUUCUUUUCAUAAUUAUCCAAUAAGACAUAGAAACAACAGAUAUAGAGAAACAAGCUAUUUGCAAAAUAAUAUUCAUCGUAAAUAUGAUAAAUAUAGGACAAAGAAAAUUCAACACCACAAUGAUCGAUUACAAUUUAAUAAUCAGAAUCAUUUUCAAAGAAGUAAUCAUCAAAAUGUAAAAAGAGAGUUUUGGAAAGAUAUAGUAAGGGGUACUGAUAAAUUUAAGCAUAAAGAUGAAAAAAGAUGUUACCAUGAUUAUAGUAAAGGAAAAAAUUGGGUUGAAGAAAAUCCACAAAGAAUGUCACAAAGUGAUGUACAAAAGUUCCGUAGAUCAGAAAAUAUUGUUAAUAAAGCUCUUAAAAGACCCAUAAAUCAAGAAAUAAAUAAUAAGACUCCAGCUAAGGUGUCAAAAGUUGAACAUCAACGAUUGCUGACAAAUGUUGAUGUUGAUGAUUUUUUGUCAGUUGUACACGGUAAAAAUAAAAAUUUAUAAUUUGUUGCUAUUAUUUAUUUUUGUUUGAUUUAAAUGUUAUGUUGUUAAUUGUUACACUAUUUAAAAAUGUAUAAUAAAUGUUUAUUUGUUUCAACAA